UGUUGACUGGAGUGCUGCCCCUGAUCAGCCUCUACUUCAACAGGGUCAUUCUGUCGGAGAAUGCGGAAGUGGGCUUCGACACCUCAAAUACGGAAUAUUCCGGCCAACGUCAAGCCUGGAAAAAGCUCUCCUUCGUCCUCCAAACCACGAAUAGGGUUACGCUUGGCGCAAAUACAACAUCGGUGCAAAAAAGGGAGACAUUUAACGCCAAGGAGGAGCCCCUGAUAAUGGCGAGUCAUGCGGCGCAAAAUCGAAAAAGGCGCGGCUGGACGGAUAAUUUGAUGUCGGCUUUCACAAAUAUUCCAUGCUACGAGGCACCGCUCCCAUUGAUGAACCAUCUCUCCCAACUGGUCGUUGAGGUACCGAGCUACGGCUCCAUCUGGGACAUGGGGUUCUUGAAGCGGCUCUGCGGCCUCCACGCUGGAAUCUCGCACGCCGUGCGCCCAUUCGAGAGCUAUACGCCGUACAGAAACGUCUACAGUCUGGCCAACUUUUUCGCCUGUAUCUCGCCGAAUUUUCUGGUGAACUGCACCGAGUUGACGACGGCCGAUGUUAAUGUGGUCAGGAAACUCGUGGAAAGUUGCGUACCGUACCGACAGCGUAUUAUCGACUGUCGGCUGGCGUGUGGGGAGAAUUGCAAUGACAAUUCGUGCCCCGGGAUCCCGAGGAACUGCUCGACGGCGAUGAUGGCCGACCUCUUCUACCGGAUUCUGCCCCGAAACUUGCGAGCCCAGCCCUUUCACGUCAACGCGUUCCUGCCGGUUUUCACGCGGAUGGGCUAUGCGACGCAAAACAUCUGGUUGCCGCUGUCCGAUUACGAUCACCUGGAGGUUGCGAUAAAGAAUUAUACCGAAGCGGUUGGGCUGGAGAUGAAGGGCCUCUUAAUGGAACUUAAACGGGAUCGGCUACUCUCGGCAGCAAUUACCGACUCCUUCUAUUCCCUUAUCGCUGCCUUCCUGGUGACCGGCUGUGUCGCCAUCCAUUCCAGAAGCAUCCUCUACGCGUUCGCCGUCCAAAUUCAGCUCCUCCUCUCCGUCCUGUGCGCACUGGCGAUAUACGCAUGCUUCACGUCGGACUUUCCGCUGUUGAACUUGGUGAUCUUCGUCCUCCUUAUUGCUGUCGGGUCUGACGAUGCCUUUUUGUUGCACUCCCAUUUUCCCGACGAGCUCAACGAGGAGUCAUUUUAUGAGGCACUGGCUCAUACAGCGUCAACGAUGUUUUUGACCUCCUUCUCCACGGCGGUCCCGUUUUUCGUGAAUAUCCUCUCCAACGUCAUUGUUUUUCGCUGUUUCGGCCUCUUCGCCGGGCUGACGAUGUGCGUCAACUUCGUGCUGGUCAUCUCCUUCCUACCCACUUUCUUGAUAAUCCAGAAAAAAUACUUCUCCUGUCUGCCAAAACUGCCCGACUUGUCCAAGUAUUUUUCAACGUCGAUCAAAGUCGUGUUCCCGCAAGUGUUGAUUCAGGGCCGUUUCGUCUGGCUGGCCUCCCUGUCCCUGGUGGUCGUCUCUUGCUUCUACAUCUCCCUCGAGAACCUCUCACUCCCGAAAUACAACCCGCUGCAGCUGUUCCGUUCCGAUAAUCCGCAUGAGUGGUAUGACAACCACGCACAACCGAUUUUCGAGUUUGUCGAGGCGAAAAUCGCCAUCCCACUGCAUGCCCGGCUCGUUUGGGGUAUCAAGCCGGUCAAGCAGCCGGAUAUGUUCCGCGAUUUGACCGAUCCACCUUUGGAAGACGACCCUACCUUCACCCUUGCUACUGUCCCGGAUGUGAAACAGUUGGCGAGGACACUAAAAAGAAUCCGCGCCCUCCCUUUCGUCGAGCACCCAUCCCCUUAUUGGCCGGAACAAUUUCUGACUUGGAGCAGCAAG